AUGUGGAAACUCCAUUUAUCGUGGGAUGAACCUGUUGUUAGUGAUGAGAUUGCUAACAAAUGGAAGAUUUUCCGAAAUGAUUUACAUCUUAUUCAACAAUUAAAAAUACCGAGAUUUGUUUUGAUUCCUGACGUGAACUAUAUUGAUAUCUGUGCUUUUUGUGAUGCCUCCGAGAAAGGCUACUGUGCAGCAAUUUAUUUGCGUUCAGUGUCACGUAAUUUGGACAUCAAAGUAACACUCUUAACAUCAAAAACAAGAGUUGCCCCUCUGAAAGUGCAAUCAUUACCUCGAUUAGAGUUAUGCGCCGCAGUUUUGUUAGUGAAUUUGCUUAAAUCAGUGUUAGAACAUUUAGAGUUUCCUAUACGUAAAGUUUUGGCCUGGACAGAUUCAACUGUUGUACUGUCCUGGAUUUCUGCAGAACCAUACCGUUGGGUUCCCUUUGUUGCAAACCGCGUUGCUAAAAUACAGAAUACAAUUCCUAAUGUAAGGUGGAACCAUAUCAAUGGAAAGCGGAACCCAGCUGAUUCAGGUACAAGAGGAAUGUUUCCAGCAGAAUUUCUGAAGUGUGAGCGAUGGUUCAUUGGACCUACUUGGUUAUAUUCACAAGAUUUCGAACCAUGUCCUGACAGUGAACAUCUUGCUGAUGUAGAUUAUGAAGGAGUUCGUAGAGAAGAAAGAAAAACUUGCAUUUCAGUAUUAUCUUGUGCGGUAAAGGAAAAUGACAUUUUUAAACGAGCUCUCUUAUUUAAAAACAUCGAGAGAAUUAAAAGGUGUGAGAGCAGCCGAGUAAUACAAUUAACUCCCUUCCUUGAUGAAGAAGGCGUCAUUCGAGUAGGUGGUCGCUUAAAAAAUGCAAACAUUCCUGAAAAUAGCAAACAUCCUAUUUUGCUUCCAAAGGAAGGACAUGUCACUAAUCUCAUCGUAACUCAUUACCAUGUCAAUUAUUUGCAUGCUAGUCAAGAGUUAUUAAUAAGCACUUUACGAAUGCAGUUUUGGAUUCUUGCGGUGAGAAGCGUAGUGAGAAAGAUUAUUCACAGAUGUAUUCCUUGUAUUAGAAAUCGAGGCAAGACUGUGACCCAGAUAAUGGGUGAUUUACCCUCGCCCAGAGUUCAACCAUCAAGACCUUUUGCAGUCACCGGUGUUGAUUAUGCUGGUCCAUAUUCUAUUAAGUCCCAAGUUGGGAGAAGAACAAAAACUUUCAAGUGUUACGUAUCCAUUUUUGUGUGUUUCUCAACAAAAGCUGUACACUUGGAGUUAGUCAGUGAUUUAUCAACUUCAACGUUUUUAGCAGCUCUAAAAAGAUUUAUCGCCCGACGAGGCAAACCAUCUAAAAUUUCGAGUGACUGUGCUACUAACUUCAAAGGUGCUAGUAAGGAACUGAAGGAGAUUUAUAAAAAUGCAGCUCGCAUUGAGAAAAGCAGUGAAUUAUGUGACUACAUUACCUCAGAAGGUAUAACUUGGUUAUUUAAUCCUCCGACAUCUCCUCACUACGGUGGCUUGUGGGAAUCUAAUGUGAAAUCCAUGAAAUUUCAUCUUAAACGAGUAUUAGGAUCCACACUUCUAACUUACGAGGAAUUUUUAACAGUGCUUACACAAGUGGAAGCGUGUAUGAAUUCCCGUCCUCUUUGUGCGAUGUCUAGUGAUCCAAACGACUUUAGUGCAUUGACUCCAGGUCAUUUUCUGAUUGGAGCCCCUUUGCUUGCCAUUCCGGAAUCUGACUUGAGUGAUGUGAAAUCUUCACGACUUAAACGUUGGUCUCUAGUUCAACAGACUGUGCAACAUUUUUGGAAACGAUGGUGUGCAGAAUAUUUAACAUAA